UUGUGAAGUAGAAUAGAGUAUCUUUCUUAUAGCCCAUCUCCGCCAGCCAAAACUCAAAACUUGAGAAAAUAAGAGUAGUCCAGGGCAUCACAACUGUAAUAACUUCCAGCUAUGUCAUGCUGCUACACCCAACCACUUUCUCCUCUCGCUCUGCCAUUCUCUUCACGUGCAUCGUCUUCCCUCCAAACCGAUCACCGCCUACCCACAGCCCUUCAAAAACAGACUCGUUCUCAACCCCUCCCCACCACCACUCUCACCGCUUCCUCUGCAAAACCCUUGUCUCAGGACUCAUGGGUCGAAUCCCUUCGCUCCCAAGCGCGGUCCAAUCUCUUCCAGGAAGCCAUUAUGACAUACAUCCAGAUGUUGGCUCUCGCGGGUAUUUCACCCGACAACUUCGCUUUCCCGGCUGUCCUCAAGGCCGUGGCGGGACUUCAGGACGUAAAUCUUGGGAAACAGAUUCAUGCCCAUGUUUUUAAAUUUGGGUACGCCUUCUCUUCGGUCACCGUGGCUAAUACCCUUGUUCAUAUGUAUGGGAAAUGUGGGAAUAUAGGGGACGUGUACAAGGUGUUUGACAGAAUGACUGAGAGGGACCAUGUUUCUUGGAAUUCCAUCAUUGCUGCAUUGUGUCGCUUUGAGGAGUGGGAGCUUGCUUUGGAGGCGUUUCGGUUAAUGCUGUUUGAGAAUGAGGCGCCUAGCUCGUUUACGUUGGUGAGUGGCGCGCUAGCUUGUUCAAAUUUGCGUAGGCAUGAUGGUUUGCGGCUUGGUAAGCAAUUGCAUGCGUAUAGUUUAAGAACAGGAAUUUGGAAAACGUAUACCAACAAUGCUUUCAUGGUUAUGUAUGCUAAAUUAGGAAGGGUUGCUGACUCGCAAGCUUUAUUUGAGUUAUUUGAGGAACGUGAUAUGGUUUCAUGGAACACCAUGAUAAGUUCCUUCUCUCAAAACGAUCAGUUUUUAGAAGCAUUAUCAUUUUUGCGUCUUAUGGUUCUUGAAGGAACUAAACCGGAUGGGGUCACCUUUGCAAGCGUACUUCCUGCCUGUUCUCAUUUGGAGAUGUUAGAUAGAGGGAAGGAAAUUCAUGCUUAUGCCUUGAAAACUACUAACUUACUCGAGAAUUCUUUUGUGGGUAGUGCUUUGGUUGACAUGUAUUGCAACUGUCAACAAGUUGAAAGUGGUCGCCGAGUUUUUGAUGGUAUCUUAGAGCGGAGCAUUGCACUUUUUAAUGCUAUGGUUACUGGUUAUGCACAAAAUGAGCAUUACGAGAAGGCCUUGAACCUCUUCUUUCAAAUGGUACUUGAUGGAAUUUGUCCAAACACCACCACAAUGUCGAGUGUUUUGCCAGCUAGUGUGCGCUGUGAACUGUUCUCUGACACAGAAGGUAUGCAUGGGUAUGUAAUAAAGAGAGGUUUGUAUAGGGAUAGGUAUAUGCAGAAUGCACUUAUGGACAUGUACUUCAGAAUGGGAAAGAUAGAAAUCUCAGAAUAUAUAUUUAACGGCAUGGAGGUCAGAGAUAUAGUAUCUUGGAACACAAUGAUCACUGGUUAUGUCAUUUGUGGACGCCAUAAUGAUGCACUUAACCUGCUACACGAGAUGCAAAUGAUAGAAGAACAGAACAAAGACGAUAAUUGCGAGGAGAAGAACAUGGUUCCCCUUAAGCCAAAUUCAGUAACACUUAUGACAGUUCUGCCGGGUUGUGCUUCCCUUGCUGCACUAGCAAAGGGGAAAGAGAUCCAUGGUUAUGCCAUCAGACAUUUAUUGGCAUCAGAUGUUGCAGUCGGUAGUGCACUAGUUGACAUGUAUGCAAAAUGUGGCUGCUUGGACUUUUCUAGGAGAGUGUUUGAUCGGAUGCCCAUCAAGAAUGUAAUCACCUGGAAUGUUCUCAUCAUGGCUUAUGGGAUGCAUGGGAGAGGGGAGGAAGCCUUUGAACUAUUUAAGGAUAUGGUAGCAGAAGGAGACAAGAACGAUGGUUUAAGGCCUAAUCAAGUUACAUUUAUUGCAAUUCUUGCAGCGUGUAGUCACUCCAGGAUGGUAAAUGAAGGCCUAUACUUAUUCCAUAGAAUGAAAGAGAACCACGGGGUUGAACCUGCACCAGACCACUAUGCUUGUGUGGUGGACUUGCUUGGUCGAGCUGGUCAACUAGAAGAAGCAUAUGAACUUAUCAAUACCAUGCCCCCUGAGUUUGACAAAACAGAUGCGUGGAGUAGCUUGCUUGGUGCUUGUCGGAUACAUCAGAAUGUAGAAAUUGGGGAGAUUGCAGCUAAGAAUCUCCUUGACUUGGAGCCAAAUGUAGCUAGCCACUAUGUUUUACUGUCUAAUAUCUACUCUUCCGCCGGACUCUGGGAAAAGGCGAUGGACAUCCGGAAAAGGAUGAAAGAACUGGGAGUAAGAAAGGAACCUGGGUGUAGUUGGAUUGAGUUUGGUGAUGAGGUUCAUAAGUUCGUGGCUGGGGAUGGGUCACACCCACAAAGUGAGCAGCUCCAUGGAUUUCUUGAAAUCCUGUUGGAAAGGAUGAGAAAGGAGGGGUAUGUGCCUGAUACUUCUUGUGUACUUCACAAUGUUGGUGAGGAGGAGAAAGAGACUCUACUCUGUGGGCACAGUGAGAAACUGGCGAUAGCUUUUGGUAUUCUCAACACCCCUCCUGGAACUACCAUUAGAGUUGCCAAGAACCUUAGAGUUUGUAAUGACUGCCAUGUUGCUUCUAAGUUUAUCUCGAAGAUAGAAGACAGAGAGAUCAUUGUUAGAGACGUGAGGAGGUUCCAUCAUUUUAGGAAUGGAACUUGUUCCUGUGGGGACUACUGGUAAUAAGUGCCGGAAUUCAUUUUUUUUGUUCCGAAGAAGUAACAAAAUUUUGUUUAUUCUGA